AUGAACGAUAUCAGCCAUACCUUCAGCCACAUGCAACUCGUCGAGAAAGGGACGCCGCCUGUCAAUGCACGCGACCGUCUUAUCGAACUUAUUCAACACGUUAACGAUGAUCAAAUCGUGCAGGCUAUGAAAUUUGAGCUCAAACGCGUUCUGACCGAUCACGAGCGGCUUGUUACCAUGCUGCAACAACGGUCCGAAAUCCUCGAACAGCAAAACGAUGACCUGAAAACGGUGUUGGCUGAACAGCAACGACGGUACGAAAAAGCGGUGCGUGAGAUGCAAUUCUUCAGGAGGAAAUAUGAUCAAGUGGCCAAACUUCAGAAUCCCGGUCGAAAACGGAGCGAUUCCAAUGGAUCGGAAACGUCCGCAGACAGUGGAGCGAAAUCGGUUCAACGACUUCAAAGUUAUCCAUUAACUCCCACCAGCACCGAACCUUCCAGCAUCUCCGUCGUCGAUUCACUCUACUCUUCGUACGAUACACACAACACACACUCCGACUUUGGCAAACCCAAAUCAUUCAGUUGCCGAUCCUCCUCGGCUGGUCCUAACAACACUACCACCACCAAUUAUUGGCCACCGCCUUCGCCCAUGUCCCACACUUCUGAUACCACCGCCUCAAUCCCCCGACAACGCCAAAACUCCUCCGCCACCGCCAGUGUCUACAGCACCAUCACAACUAGCACCGAUCAAAGUGGAUACUCUCAAUCCAGCAAAAAAUCCAAUCCCCAGAAAUCAUCUUGGCAGUUCUUGCGUAACCCUGCCAUGGCAUUAUCUUACUCCUCUCCUUCUGCCUCUCCUGCCCCACCAAUGUGUGGGUCCUCCGUCUCGUCGGGGGGUUCAGUCUAUUCAGUACCCAUGAAUCCCGUUCGAUCAGCCACAGCCACCAACGGCUACACUGGAUCGUCGCUCAUCCAGCAACGUCGCACAGAUCCGCUUAUCUUUGGAGGAUCGGAUGGAUUAUGGGAUACAAUCGCUAAAAGCAAAGGUUCAGAUGUCACCGUGGAGAAAAUUACCAGUAAUUUUCUUCGACGGGGUGGAUCGCCGAACACUGCAAAGCAAUCACCUUCGACCAAUGCCGUCAAAUAUGGUUAUGGUAUGAUUCACGCGCUGAUCGUGACCAAGGCUCCUGGAUCUUUGGACUUGCUCCUUCAACAAGGAGCAAAUCCCAACGCAGUGACACUGAGUCAAGUCGAAGAAGACCGCGUGACUCCCUGUUACUUGGCCGCCAGUGUGGGUUGGCUUUCUGGAUUGCAAAAACUCGUUCAAGCGGGUGGUGAUUUAAUCGCAGCUCGAGGUGGAGGCGCCAAGAGCAAGACAGCUCUUCACGUCGCAGCCGAACACUGCCAUGCCGCGGUCAUUGAAUAUAUUGUCAACGUAACACAGGGAGCCCUCAACUUGGAAACCGAUAGCCAAGGUGCCACUGUAAUGCAUUAUGCAUGCGCAUCCGGUCAUACAGAUUUGGUAUCCUUGUUAGCACGCUCUUGCCAGAUUCCUGUCAAUCAGGCCGAUCAUAAAGAAGAACUGCCACUCCAUUGGGCGGCGAAACAUGGACGUCUGGAGGUCGUGACUUUGUUGAUCGAGCGAUUCAAUUGCGAUUGCAACGCUUACGUUUCGCGUAAAGUCGGUACUCCCCUGGAUUUUGCGAAAUCCAACGGCCACAAGCGGCUCGUCGACUAUCUAAAGGGCAUUGGCGCCUUAACUGCCAAGAAGAUGGACAAAAAGAUGGAAGAAGAACUGUCAAAACAAGUACCACGCCACCUUGAAAGCACCCUUUUGAAAAACGGUCUCUUUGGCGACGAUAACUCGUUCUUCUAA